AUGGAGGGAGUGAAGGUGGAGGAGGAGGAGUACUGGCACUCGGAGACCGUGGACAAGGUCCUGGAGCUGCAGGAGUCGAAGAAGGAUGGGCUCACGCACCAGGAAGCUCAGAAGCGCCUGGAGGUGUACGGCAAGAACGAGAUGACGCCUCCUCCCAAGAUAGGCUUCUUGAUGAAGCUGUUCCUGCAGAUCAACAACAUCCUUAUCUACAUCCUCAUAGCGGCAGCCAUCGUGUCCGGGGUGCUCAAGGAGUACGCCGAGGUGGCCCUGAUUGUUGGCGUCGUCGUCCUCAACGUCACGAUCGGUAUGAUCCAAGAAGGGAAGGCGGAGAAGGCGGCGGAGGCGAUCAAGGGCAUGCUGUCGGCCAAGGCUACCGUCAUCCGAGAUGGGCAGCCGACGGAGGUCCCAGCUAGCGACGUGGUCCCUGGUGACGUGGUGUCGAUCAAGGCGGGAGACGCGGUGCCGGCUGACCUGCGCAUGUUCGAGACGAGCAACCUCAAGAUCCUGGAGGCGAUGCUGACUGGGGAGAGCAACCCGAUCAGCAAGCACACGCACGAGAUCAGCGGGGGAAAGACCGUCGCGCUGGGAGAUCGCAAGAACAUGGCGUUCUCUGCAACGACGGUGCAGGCGGGGCAGGGGAAGGGGAUCGUGGUGGGGACGGGAGACGCGGCUGAGAUCGGCAAGAUCAGCUCCAUGGUGAGUGAGCAGGAGUCAGUCAAGACGAACCUUAUGAUUCAGCUCGAGAUCUUCGGACGAUGGGUCUCGUUGUUCGUGUUCGUGAUCGCUGCAGUCACGUUCACCCUGGCCAAGGUCAUGGCUGAGGAGAGCGUCGGCACUGCGUUCCAGUCCGCCGUCUCCAUUGCUGUCGCCAUCAUCCCCGAGGGCCUUCCUGCUGUCGUCACCAUCUCCCUUGCGCUGGCCAUGCAGCUCCUGGCGAACCAGAACGCCAUCGUCAAGCAGCUCCCGGCCGUGGAGACCCUGGGAUCCGUCACCGUGAUCUGCUCAGACAAGACUGGGACCCUGACCAAGAACGAGAUGACUGUACAGAGGGUGCAGACGACGGAGGCGCAGUACCCCGUGAAGGGGGUAGGGUACUCUCCCGAGCUGGGAACGAUCGUGGACCCCAACUCGGGAGAAGAGCUGGCUGCAGAGCACAAGGGGAGGGUCAAGCAGAUGUUUGAAGGGGUGGUUCUUUGCAACGAUUCGGGCCUCAACGUUGACAGCAUCAAUGGGAGGAUGACGUACAUCCCUGUCGGGUACCCGACUGAAGUCGCCCUGCUGACACUCGGAAUGAAGCUCGGGAUCCCGGACUUGCACAUCUUCAAGAAAGCGCAUCCCCGUGUGGCCGCUGUGCCGUUUGCCUCCGAGCACAAGUUCAUGUGCUGCGUGCAUGCCACCAGCACCGAUCCCAACGCUCCCCUCGUCCUCCACGUCAAGGGAGCUCCCGAUCGCAUCCUUCCCCGCUGCAAGAACCAGGUCUGCGAGGACGACGUCAACCGCACCCAGCCGCUGGUCACCAAGUUCUGGGAGGACCGGGCAGCGGACAUGAGCUCUGAGGGCCUGAGAUGCCUUGCUGUGGCCCGAGCUGACUGGGACCGCUCCAAGGUCUCCGACGAGAUGGACGCCGACAUCCUCCUCAAGGCUCCAGAGCCGUUCCUCACCCUCAUCGGCCUCGUCGCCAUCCUCGACCCGCCCAGGGAGGCAGCCAUCGAGGCCUGCGGGGUGGCGAAGACUGCUGGCAUCCAAGUCAAGAUGAUCACCGGGGACCACCCGCAAACUGCCGCCGCCAUAGCGAAGCAGUUGGGCAUCUUCCCCCCCAACCUUCCCAGCACGGAGGUGAAGACCUUCACUGGGCCGCAGCUGGACGCGAUGAGCGAGGAGGAGAUGGACAAGAUCGUGCUGGGGUGCAACGUGUUUGCGCGAGCGUCGCCGGAGAACAAGAUCCAGAUUGUGAAGUCGCUCCAGCGGGUCGGGCAGACAUGCUCGAUGACAGGGGACGGAGUGAACGACGCUCCCGCCCUCAAGGCGGCGAACAUCGGGGUGGCGAUGGGGAUCACAGGGACGGACGUGUCCAAGGAGGCGGCAAAGAUGGUGCUGGCGGACGACAACUUCGCUACGAUUGUGAGGGCGGUGAGGGAGGGAAGGAGAGUGUGGGACAACCUUGUCAAGAUCCUGCUCUACAACAUGCCUGUCAACUUUGCCCAGGGACUCUCCGUGUUCUUCGCCUACGUGCUGCGGCUCGAGACUGUCCCGCUGACCGCCAUCCAAGUGCUCUAUGUCAACAUGAUCACUUCAGUCACCAUGGGGCUGAUGCUCGCCAUGGAGCCGGCGGAGGACUCCAUCAUGGAGCGACCGCCGCGCAGGAAGGGGAAGAGGCUGUUUGGAAGGAUGGUAGCAUGGCACUGCCUCUUCGUCUCCGCCUGCAUCGUGACCUGCGUGCUGGCGAACUUCGACAUCGAGAUGAGGAGGCACGAGGAGACCGGGGUGGGCAGGAGGGCAGGCGAGGUGCUGAUGACGACGAGGGUCAAGAAGGCGAGGGCUGCGGCGUUCAACAUGCUGGUGUUCGGAGAGAUCGCCUACGCGAUCAACUGCCGGUACCUGAGGUCGACAAGUAUCAGGAUGGAGAUCAUCACAGGGAACAAAUGGUGCUGGAUCUCGAUCCUGAUCACCGCCGUCCUCCAGGUCUUCCUCACCUACACCCCAGGCGUGAACAGCUUCUUCUCCAACGAGGCCAUCGACGGCAUCGCCUGGCUUCGCAUCUUGGGCAUGAUGAUCGCCAUCUUCCUCUUCGUGGAGCUUGAGAAGGCCAUCGGGCCCAAGUACCUCAUGCCGCUCAUUCGCCAGAUGGGACUCUGCCAGCCGUCAGCUGGAGGGACAGACAUGUCAGAGGACGAGCGGGAGCACUUCAGGUUCCUUGCUACCAGCGCGUCCACGAUCGGCAUGCCCAUACGCAGAUCGCGCUCCUUGUCAAGGUCGGAGAGCAGGGAUAACUUCCCGCACGGCACGAGCCAGCCAGUGUCGCACGGGCCGCCGCCAAGGAGGUCGACAAGCAGAGGAAGCAGCUUCGAUCACUUUCCGUUCGGGAUCAGCCACGAUCAUGCCAAGAGGGAGGCGGCGUACGACAGAGUUUGA